CCAAGUUAAGAGAAUGCUCCUUUCUUUUGAUUUACACUUCUUUGGUGGAAGAUGAGUGAAUGGUUCAAAUCACGAAAGACCUUAAUUUUGAGCCGACUACUUUAAGUUUUGACAGAUUCUGUCAGAGGUAUUUUAUUCAGUUAAGGAAAAUGAACAUACCGCAAGUAAUGCCGCAGGGGCCAGUGGUGAUGACCCAGGUUCCUAUGCAACAGCAACCUGUUGUCAAUGCUGUUAUGGUAAAUUCUCAAGGACAGCCAAUGACUGGACCUCCUCAAGCACAAGAAAAUAAUAUAUCGAAAGUUAAAAGCCUCAUCGGUCCAUUAAGAGAAUCUCUUGCAGCAACAUUAAAAACAGCCGCCCAAACUUUACAUCAAAACAGUUUAGUGGAUGUUGGAUCACUAAAAAAUGUUCCUCCUGUCGAUGUUACUCCUCCAAGAUUUGACAAAAGCAUGGAAGAAUUCUACUCUAUUUGUGAUCAAAUUGAACUGCACCUUAAAACUUCUAUUGAAUGUAUGAACCAGAAUGCAAGUAGUCAGCGGUAUUUGUCUAUGACAGUUACACCCACUAGAACAGAACCAAUACCAAAUCAGGAAUUAGUUAGUCUUACAUAUCCUCAGUAUUUGAGCACUGUAAGGACUCAAGUUAGUUUUGCUAAAGAAAUGCAUGGUAUGCUGUUAGCUGCUGCCCAAAACAUUACUACAACUGAAUGAGACAUAUUUUAUAGUUAUUGAAAAAUCUUUAGUUUUUGUGUUUGUCAAUUUUUUUAUCAUGGUUAUAAAAAUAAAUGUGUGAUAAUUUUGU